UAUACAAUCUAUGUCAUUGGCAAGAGCAUAUGAUUGAGAGGGCUCUUCAAUUGGUUAUUGGCUCUACCCCUAGCUCCUUCAUAUUCCGCAUCCUGCUGCUUCUUUGCUUGCUUUUCUCGAUCGAGCAUUCCUGUGCUUAUCAAAGAGGUAGUAGCAUUUUUUUUUUUGACAAUAUUUGUUCACGGGUUUUGGGAAUUGGAAAGUGAAAUUUAUGAAAAAAAAAAAUGAAAAAAAAAAAGGAGAUACCUUUUGGCGCCAAGAGGCUAUUAACGUGUUCCAUCUCCAGGCUCGUUAAUAACUUAGAGCAGAAAUGCGUCAGCCCAUUUUCUUUGGGACAAAAGCAGAGCAAGAAAUGGAGGCAUCGAAUAUCCCCGUCUCAAUGCCAAGGGUUAACCUGAAAGACACUAUUGAAGAGCUCUUGAAGUUCACUCUCCAAUCUUGCACAAACGGAACCCUAGAAAUCGAUCUAGGGCUGCCCAAGGAAUUGUGCUCCCGCCUCCUCAAACCCGAGCCAAACGACCUCUCCUCCCCUUCCCACUUCGAUUCUUCUACUGGUAUUUUUGAAGGGAUUCCACCAUACCCUUUAUACAAGCGUCUCGCAUUGGCUUUGCAUGAAUCCAUAGCUUCUGGUACCCUUUUCGGUUCAUGCAACAAUAUGGCCAUUAUUCAUCAAGAAAGUGCCUUGAAGGAGAAAGAAAAUGAAUGGCAGAAGCUGAUCUCAGAGAAGGGAUCUGAAUUAGUAAAUGUAUUGAAGACUGUUAAAAUUGAGCUUCAUGUUCAGGAGCCUUUCUUUUCGCAGCUUAAAGAUGGCCUCAAAACAAUUGAAGGAAGGUGUGCUUUGGGUAAUUGCAGUAGAAUUGACUCAGGAUCUUUGAUUCUCUUCAAUAAAUGUCUACUAUUUGAAGUUCAGGAUAUUCACAGUUAUUCUUCAUUCUCUGAUAUGAUGGAGGCAGAGGGUCUUUCUAAAGUCCUUCCUGGAGUUGAAACCAUUGAAGAAGGUGCGCAAAUUUACAGAAAGUUUUACACCGAAGAAAAGGAAAGGUCAAAUGGUGUUCUUGCGAUUUGUGUUUCAAAGUUUCCUCUCCAGCCUUACAUUUCAUUAGCUAGAAUGCUCUUUGGAUUGAGUCUGGGGGGUCUUCAAGGCCUUCUUGGUCUGGCACAUACCACAGGAUCUACUCCAGAUGCUCUACCCCCGCCAACAUCUACUCUUCUGUCAUCAUUUGUGCUGCCAUAUAAAUUGAAUGUUGAAGGUAGUACAUUGACUCAUGGAGCUAGGGCCUUGGCAAAACAUGCACAUCGGAGUAGCAGUAAAUAUUGGGGUUCCUUAGAUGGAAGUGAUUCCAAUAAAAACAGGCUCGCAUUGGAUGUCAUCAGUCGAUUAAUGACACAUUGUUGCUGGUUAAAUGUGCAUAGUGUUCAACCACACGGUGUUGUCUUUGAAAUAAGGGUUGCUGAAGGAUAUGGUGCACGGUGGUCGGAAGAUGGUAGCAAGUUUAUUGGAUUUUUAGAGCCAUACAUGGAAGACGGUCAUCCAAAGGGAUGGAAGCACUGAACAGGUUCAUCAGAUGUUGCCUUUAGCUUCUUUGGUUCAGAUAGGCAUUGCCUUCUCAAGGACCCCUCUCGCUUGCUUUUCUUGAUGAGGCUUUAAAAGAUUGUUCCUCUUUCUUUUCCACACUACAUUUGCGCUCCUGAUCGCUUCCAUUUAUACAGACGAGGAGAUCUUGACUGAUCUAUUCCAGAUGCACUCGAAAUACAUUCUAGCAAUUUAUCAUAUGGAUAAGCCACGGAGAACUCUCCUGUAAGUCACUGCGCCAGCUCUAAGACUCCUGCACAUAGUAUCUCAACUGAUUAUCAUCUUUCCAAUUUCUUUCAACGAUCAGCUGCUGUGUUUAUGCCUCCAUGCCAUAUUAGCCCCUGUUGGUUAUUCA